AUGGAAGCUGGCGUGCGCAAAAGGUGGCAGGGUUAUUUCAGAGAAAAGAAUCCAGCCAUGGGUACAUCCUCUGUACAUAGCACCCAAUUGUUCUGUGCUUCGCAAGCAAUCUGCAUCGAGAUUCGUUUAGUGGGCGUUCCUACAUGCGGUGGUGAAAAUAUUGAGAGUGGACUUACCAGGAUCAAUGCCCAAGAAGGUUGGCCAACGGCCAAAACUGGAGCAAUCGUGAUGGAGUUAGCUCUGGAAAUUGCCGAAGCAACCACGGAUGAUGAGCAUAACGUCUGGCCUGUAAUAUGUGACAUUUUGGAUGAACAAGAAGUCCAGAUUGUGAUUGGUAUCCUGGCCUAA